AGGUUGUCGUGAUACAUGUCACGUGAGUUACAGUAUAAAAGCAGCAUUGCCCGUGCAUUGACAGUCCACUCCUCAACUGUGAUUGACCAGAAUUCAAAGAUGAGGUUUUUAGCUUUAUUCUGCUUGGUAGCAGUGAGCUCCGCAGCCGUUAUCAGAGAAACCAAACGUAAUUUCUGGCACGAUCUCGGACAACAAUUGACCCAUGUCGGUGAACAACUUCUCACAACAGCUGUACAGACCGGCGAGCAGGCUUUACUAACAGGUGCCCUGGGAAAGAGGAGCAAUUUUUGGCACGAUCUCGGAUCCCAGUUGACACACGUCGGUGAACAACUUCUCACAACAGCAGUACAGACCGGCGAGCAGGCUUUAUUAGCAGGUGCUCUCGGAAAAAGGAGUGAUUUCUGGCACGAUCUUGGACAACAAUUGACCCAUGUCGGUGAACAACUUCUCACAACAGCAGUACAGACCGGCGAGCAGGCUUUACUAGCAGGUGCCCUGGGAAAGAGGAGCAAUUUUUGGCACGAUCUCGGAUCCCAGUUGACACACGUCGGUGAACAACUUCUCACAACAGCAGUCCAGACCGGCGAGCAGGCUUUAUUAGCAGGUGCUCUCGGAAAAAGGAGUGAUUUCUGGCACGAUCUUGGACAACAAUUGACCCAUGUCGGUGAAACACUUCUCACAACAGCAGUACAGACCGGCGAGCAGGCUUUACUAGCAGGUGCCCUGGGAAAGAGGAGCAAUUUUUGGCACGAUCUCGGAUCCCAGUUGACACACGUCGGUGAACAACUUCUCCAAACAGCAGUCCAGACCGGCGAGCAGGCGUUACUGACUAGUGCCCUGGGAAAGAGGAGCAAUUUUUGGCACGAUCUCGGAUCCCAGUUGACACACGUCGGUGAACAACUUCUCACAACAGCAGUACAGACCGGCGAGCAGGCUUUAUUAGCAGGUGCUCUCGGAAAAAGGAGUGAUUUCUGGCACGAUCUUGGACAACAAUUGACCCAUGUCGGUGAAACACUUCUCACAACAGCAGUACAGACCGGCGAGCAGGCUUUACUAGCAGGUGCCCUGGGAAAGAGGAGCGAUUUUUGGCACGAUCUCGGAUCCCAGUUGACACACGUCGGUGAACAACUUCUCACAACAGUAGUACAGACCGGCGAGCAGGCUUUACUAACAGGUGCCCUGGGAAAGAGGAGUGAUUUCUGGCACGAUCUUGGACAACAAUUGACCCAUGUCGGCGAACAACUUCUCACAACAGCAGUACAGACCGGCGAGCAGGCUUUACUAGCAGGUGCCCUGGGAAAGAGGAGUAAUUUCUGGCACGAUCUUGGACAACAAUUGACCCAUGUCGGCGAACAACUCCUCACAACAGCAGUACAGACCGGCGAGCAGGCUUUACUAGCAGGUGCCCUGGGAAAGAGGAGUGAUUUCUGGCACGAUCUCGGAUCUCAAUUAACCCAUGUCGGCGAACAACUUCUCACACAAGUAGUUCAGACCGGAGAGCAGGCUCUUCUCACCGGUGCUCUUGGAAAGAGGAGUGAUUUCUGGCACGAUCUCGGAUCUCAAUUGACCCAUGUCGGCGAACAACUUCUCACACAAGUAGUUCAGACCGGUGAACAGGCUCUUCUCACCAGUGCUCUUGGAAAGAGGAGUGAUUUCUGGCACGAUCUCGGAUCUCAAUUGACCCAUGUCGGUGAACAACUUCUUCAAACAGCAGUUACAACAGGAGAACAGGCCCUUCUGACUGGACUUGCUGGUUGAAGUCUUUCUACGUCUACGCGUGCUUCAGAUUCAAAUUGCGGUUUCAAUUUGUAUUUAUGUAUCACUAUUUAUUGAAAAUAGACAUGUUUUAUUAUAAACAAAUUCUUGUUUUG